AUGGCUUUUGACACCGCUGUCACCAGAUUACUAGGCAUCAGGGUUCCCGUAGUCCAAGGCGGCUUACAAUGGGUAGCCUACGCAGAGCUAGCAGCAGCAGUCAGCAAUGCCGGCGGUCUUGGAAUUAUCAACGCCCUCACACAGCCCACACCCGAAGCUCUGCGUGCUGAAAUCAAGAAGACGCGGUCCCUAACCACCAAGCCCUUUGGCGUGAACCUCACCCUUCUUCCUGCCCUCAAUCCCCCCGAUUAUCCGGCUUUCAUUCAAGUCAUCAUCGAUGAAAAAGUAAAAAUUGUCGAAACAGCAGGCAACAGCCCUGGUCCAGUCAUUGGAAAAUUAAAGAAAGAGGGGAUCAUCGUCAUUCACAAAGCGACCACGAUCAGACACGCAAAAGCAGCUAUAGCUUUAGGCGCUGACAUUCUUUCAAUUGACGGGUUUGAAUGCGCCGGCCAUGUUGGAGAAUCUGACAUAGCAUCACUUAUCCUCCUUAGUCGCGCGCGUCAGGAGCUCGGCUCCACCCCGUUUAUUGCCUCAGGCGGGUUUGCAGACGGCUACGGCCUUGCUGCUGCACUUAGUCUUGGUGCUGCGGGAAUCAAUAUGGGAACGAGAUUUAUGUGUACAGUAGAGGCGCCAAUUCAUGACAAUGUCAAGAAGGCAAUCGUUGCAGCAGAUGAACAUCAGACUUCGCUUAUUCUUCGGCGGUGGAGGAAUACGAGUCGGAUGUAUGCGAACAACAUGACUGCCGAGGCGGUGCGGAUAGAACGUGAGAGCGCGACAGGCGAGUUUAGCGAAAUUGCGCCCAUUGUUAGUGGCGCAAAAGGGAGGGAGGUGCUCGUUGGUGGGGAUGUGCAACACGGCGUCUGGUAUGCAGGCCAAGUGAUGGGGGUCAUCAAAGAUAUUCCAACAUGUGCUGAACUCUUCGCGCGCAUAGAGGAGGAGGCGAGCGGGACUGUUUCGUCUCUUACGAGGGCAGUUCAUGGAAGUCCAACGCUCAAGAGUCAUCUAUAA